UGUGGCUGGGAGUCUGUACUGGGAAGGACACAGAGGAGGCGAUCCUUUUCCUUGCACAGAGAGGCGUGUAGCAGCUUUCCUAUUUCUCUGCCCCAGUGUGAAAAGGGGUGGGGAGCUUCUGCCCUCAGAAAGAGGUUCACCCAGCCUUGGGGUUUUGGAAGAUGGUUCAGGCAGCAGGGGGAUCCUAGAGAGGCUGCAACUAAGCGGGCCACCCGUGGUGACCCAAGAUGACAGAGGCAGUCUGCGGUCCUCGGUGAGACACAGGCCAGCCCAGCUCCCAGAACCUGAACGAGGUGCUGCCCCCCCCUCGACCGCCACCAUGCCUGAAGUUCAGAGAAAGUCCAAGAUCACGGCCUCACGCAAGCUCUUGCUGAAGAGCCUGAUGCUGGCCAAGGCCAAGGAGUGCUGGGAGCAGGAGCACGAGGAGCGGGAGGCGGAGAAGGCCCGCUACCUGGCUGAGCGCAUCCCCACGCUGCAGACCCGCGGCCUGUCCCUCAGUGCCCUGCAGGACCUGUGCCGGGACUUGCACGCCAAGGUGGAGGUGGUGGAUGAGGAGAGAUAUGACAUUGAGGCCAAAUGUCUCCACAACACCAGGGAGAUUAAGGACCUAAAGCUGAAGGUGCUGGACCUCCGUGGAAAAUUCAAGCGUCCACCACUGCGUCGGGUCCGGGUCUCGGCUGACGCCAUGCUCCGGGCCCUACUGGGCUCCAAGCACAAGGUGUCUAUGGAUCUGCGGGCCAACCUGAAGUCAGUGAAGAAGGAAGACACAGAGAAGGAGCGGCCCGUGGAGGUGGGCGACUGGAGGAAGAACGUGGAGGCCAUGUCCGGGAUGGAAGGCCGGAAGAAGAUGUUUGACGCCGCCAAGUCUCCAACCUCACAGUAGAGGCCGGCUUGCUGCUCUGUGCUCUGGGCUUCCGCUUCCCGCUCCUCCCUCCAGCCUGGCUCCCCUCUCUGCCUCCCACCCUGCAUUUCUGGAGCCUCCAUCCUGCUCCCACCUCUCCCCUCCAGCCUGAGUGCCCUCCUCUGGAACUGGGAUUAAACAGACACCUGAGACGACACACAGCCGUGUCUGAAGACCUCUCCCUCGCAGGGUAGAGACCCCAGCUAGCUGAGCUGGGGAGGAAGAGGUGUGGCAGCACCUUCCCCUUUGGCCCCCUGCUGCAGCCCUGCACAGCUUCCCCGACCUGUAGAGUGCCCCCAGGCAUCACAGCUUCUCCAUUAAAAAGCAGGGUCCCGGUCAUUUCUGUA